UUCUGUUAUUUUGGUUUACACCGGCUUUUUAAAGAAUUAACUAUUUUGUUUUAUUUCAAAGGAAUAGAAAUUUUAAAACAGAACAUUGUACAAAGAACUUCAUUCCUUGUUCAUUCAAUUCAAUUAUAAACCAAUCAUUUACUUCCCUAGUUAUGGAAACAUCAAAAGUUGAUCGACAAGACAAUAGCGUUUUAGAAAUUCCAGACAUGUCGCUGGGAGGAAUGGAUAACUUCCAUUCGGUGGAGGAAACACAAACAGCAGCAGUUACCUUCGAUGUCAGUGCCUUAGAAGAAACAGAAACAUCUCUAGCUGAUCAAACUCAAUACACAAGUCAAAUCGAAAGCAUAAACGAAGAUGAAAUCUCAAUAUCCCAGGCGGCGAAUAGUUCCGAUGUUUGUGAAUCAAUGGAUUACUCAUCGACUGCUCCUUUAGAGGACAUAAGUCAGACUGAAUCAAAUCGGACAAUAAUUGAAGAAUGCGACGAAAAAUCUUUUUUUAAAGAAAGCUUAUUAGAACUUGGUCGGUAUUUAUGGAAAACAGACCAUGAGAAGCAAUGCUACACCAAAGGAUGUCUUUGGUCGCCCGAUGGUACAUGUUGCUUAGUUCCUGUUCACUUAGAUGGAAUGCACCUCAUUGAACUGCCGUCCGAUCUUUAUCGAGGUAAGGUUACUUCGAAAAGACCAAUAACCCAACUUUCCACCGCCGUUCAUGUAAAGGAAGGCGGCACAGUAUACGAUUGUGCAUGGUACCCGUUCAUGAAUAGCGAACUUCCCGAAACAUGUUGCUGGUUGGCUUCGAGACAGCAUGAGCCUAUACAAAUGUGGGAUGCGUUUAAUGGUGAUCUUCGAGCUUCCUAUCGAGGCUAUGACGACGUAGACGAAGUCGAAGCCGCAAUUUCUGUGAUAUUCUCUAACGAUGGUGAACAAGUUUUCGGGGGUUACAAAAAGUGCAUUCGUGCAUUCCAAACUAAUAUUCCAGGUAGAAGUUGUACAAAGUUAGUCACCAAACAGGCGAUUUCAUGUUUCGCACUGACCCCAAACAAUAAGGACAUUAUAACCACCGGUUCUUGGAAUGGUGUAAUCAGUUUGUUUGACCAACGAAUGCCUAACAUGGGCAGUUUACAUUCACUGUUUGGCCAUAACGGAGGUAUCACAUUUCUAAAAUACUCUAACAAUGGAGAAAUACUUUUUAGUGGUGCUAGAAAGGAUAAUGCACUUUGUCUAUGGGAUAUGAGGGAUUUUUCGAAACCUCUGACAGUUCUAAAUCGUUCAGUUCUCAGCAACCAGAGGAUAUACUUUGACUUAAGUCCUCAAAACGAAUGGUUGCUUAGUGGAGAUUCCGAAGGUUUGAUAAGAAUGUGGAAUCUAAAAGAUUUGGAAGAAAAACGUUCGUUUCGAGUUCAUGGAGAUUCAUGCAAUGGAGUUAGCUUUCAUCCAACAAGACCUAUUAUAGCUAGUUCUGCUGGGCAGUAUCAUUUUGUUGAUCAAACUGAAGAGAAGUGCGAAGAAGGCAAAGUUGUUGAUUAUGAGAAUUCACUUGUUUUUUGGUGGAUCGAGCCGAGAAGUUGUUAAUUUGUUUACUAUUUUAAUAUUAAAGUUAUUAUUUGAUUUAUUAUAAAA